UUGAGGAGGAGGAGGAGGAGAAGGAGGUGUGGCGCCCAGCAGCUUCCCAUUCAGCAAAACAAUCAUCAGGAGUGUUCGCGCCAUAGAGACGUGCAGCCGGGCAGCUUCUCCCAAUCAUCCACUCCCUUCUCGGAACUGAUUUGGAAGUGUAAAGCCGCGCCGUGGCCUGGACCUUCGCACAAUGCACUAAUCAGGUGUGCCGCUGCAGCCUGCAUGCUAGCCGCUCAAGUGGGUGAACAUGACGUCUGGCAGCCUGCAUCAGGGGGGCGUGAAGGCACCGUGAAUGUCUGAAAGUCGAAAGGCUGUGAGCCCCGUGCAGGCCGGUGAUGAGCAGCCACGGCAGUACCAGCAGCAGCGGAGGUGGCCAGCAUGCCGAGACUCCUCCCCCUCGCCAUACGCCCGGGCCCAAGCUGCAGGUGCAGCGCUCCCUGUCGCGGGACACCAUCACCAUCCAUUUCUCGGCUCUGGGGAAGGAGGAAGACGACGAUGAAGAGGAGCUUUACAGAGUCGACGCGGGAGGUGAACGCGAGCCGGACGGUCCUGGAAGUUUAGAGCUCUUCAUGCCUUGUGGUCGGUCUCUGGUCGAGGGUUUGGAGAUGAAAGAGGAGCUGCUGUUCGAAUCUGCCGGCGUGGACGCCACCUUGGGAGCUGCCGUGCUAGAUGUUUCUUCUAGCGAUGUCAACGCAGCUUCUCCUGCCAUGACAAUCAUUACCCACGCCAGCGCCACUUCUCCCACCAGCUCCUCCUGGCCUUCCGAGCGUCCCUCAGCCAACGUCCCGUCCACAACCUCCAGCUCUUAUUCCCCUUGCAAGUCUGCCGGGCUUUCCUCCUCCAGACCUUUCCUCAGCCUGGUCAGGUCCUUGUCCAAUGACAUCGAGGCCCGGGAACCCGCGCCUCCGCCUACCACUGUCGCGCCGUCGCACAUACGCCACAGACACUUAAUGAAGUCUUUUGUCAAGUCUCUAUCCACGGACUCUGCGAAGGCUGAGAGCCAAGAAGGGUCUCCUCAGCAUGUUCAACAAGUGCAAUCACCCCAGCGGCCCCCACCUCGAAACAUGCAGCUCUUCAAACAGUUCUCCCAGCCUCGCCUGUCCUCCACCCCCAUCAUUGCCAGUCAGGUGGGCGGAGACUCCAAAACGGCGCCCUCUUCGCCCACCAUGUCCCCAGACGGUCGCUCCUUCUUCAAGGUUCAAGAGGUCGAAGCCAAGAUAGAGGACACCAGGCGGCGGCUGUCAGAGGUGAUGUCGGACCCCCUGCAGCUCUUCAGUAAGAUCAUGGGGGAGGAGCCGAGCACAGGCGGCCCUCAUCGCGCCAGGUUGCUCUCCUCCAGCGCGUCGGAGCUGAGCGGCAUGGCAGCGGUGAACGGACACUCUGAAGGGAACAGCUACAGCAUCAAGGAGGAGGAAGGAGGCGAGGGGGACGACGAUGAAGAAACUCCCACUGGCAAGGGACCCGAUUCUGUCUUUUUCUCCUGUCCCUCACUGACACCAGCGGCCUCUCAUAGCCAGACCUCCACCUUUGCCAGAUCCCCAUCCCUCACUCUGGGCCGCUGCUCCAUGUCGGCCCUGGUGGCUCGUCAGGAAGACGAGGACUUCUGUGAACUCUACAGCGAGGACUUUGAUUUGUGUACGGACACGGAGACGCCAGAUGGGGAUCACCUGGGAUCUCGGGGGCUCCUCACCGGCAGCACCGGGUUGUGUAGCGAACUGGAGAUAGAGGACGAGGAGAAACCAGAGGAGCGAGUCGAGACGGUGCCUUGGGUCGGCCUGGUCGCCCUGACGCAGUUGGUGUACUGGUAUCUGGUCUUUCCACUGCCGCCAUAUUUAUGUGCAGUGGCCCAUGGGAUGGUGGCUGGCUUUAUGUUGGCCAUCCUGGUCCUCUGGCUGUCAGCGCCACGCCGCUCCGGCUUGGGAACAAGGACACCCAGACGGCGGAUCGAGCCGUGGAAUGUGGCCCAGCUUGAUAUCAAAGAACCAGGAACAUUUAAGGGCUGGAUGAACGAGAUCCACAGUUACGACCCGGAGAUGUACCACGCCACCUUGACGCACUCGGUUUACGUCCGCCUGGAGGGUUCCGUCCUGCGUCUGUCCACGCCCAACCGCAACAUCUCCCGCCGUGCCACACACAACGAGGCCAAACCUGACGUCACCUACGUCAGCCAGAAGAUCUACGACCUCGCCGACGGCAAGAUCUACCUUGUGCCUCCGAGCCUAGCGAGAAAAAGAGUCUGGAACAAGAAGUACCCCAUCUGCCUGGAACUAGCCAAGCAAGACGACUUCAUGUCUAAGGCCCAGGGGGAGAAGACUGAGUGUGCGGAGGACAGGCCGUCUACACUGUGUGAGAAAGGAGAGCGAGUGGACAAGGCGGAAAAACCCGAAGUGUCCGCAGAAGAACCCAAGAGGCGAACUUCGGGAGGAGGGGAUCUCACCAUCUACCUGUUUGGGAGGACCGGUCGAGAAAAGGAGGAGUGGUUCCGCAGAUUUCUGCUGGCGUCCCAAAUGAAGUCCGAGGGGCGAGGCGGUGGUCUGCCCAAGAGUGCCUUGCAGCCGUCCCACAGCCUCAGCAGCCAGUCUGCCGCAGGCCAGGAGGCCGACAGUGGCAGCAGCGGCCGAGGGAGCUCCGACGAGCUGUGCAACCCCCAGGCUCGGCACCGGGAGGGCUCCUCUGGCUCCUCCUCUGGUGCCACUGGGUGGAUGAGGCCAAAGCUCUUGGACUACAACCUUUACAUGGCCAAGUAUGUCAACCCCCAUCCCGCACCCAGCAGCCCGACCCCUGCUGACAGUCCUGGACAGAGCCCCGAGAGAAGCCCCCAAGCCACCAACAAGAUCCACACAAGUUCAGAAGAGCCAGCGGAACCAGAAGCCUGGGUCAAUGCUUUUCUGGGAAGAAUAUUCUGGGACUUCCUGGGAGAGAACUACUGGGCCAAUGUGGUCUCCAAAAAGAUCCAAAUGAAGCUCAGUAAGAUCCGGCUGCCGUAUGUUAUGAACGAGCUCACGUUGACGGAACUAGACAUGGGCUUUUCAGUUCCCAAGAUUCUCCGUGCCUCCAAACCCUCUGUGGACCACCAAGGUCUGUGGUUUGAUCUGGAGGUGUCCUACACGGGCUCCUUCCUCAUGACCCUGGAGACUAAGAUGAACCUGGCCCGUCUAGGGAAGGAGGGCGAGGGCCUGGGCGAGCACGGGAAGGAAUGGUCGAGGCCGAGGACUUACUGUCUGGCAGACAGCGAUGAGGAGUCGUCCAGUGCUGGAUCUUCAGAUGAAGAGGAUUCUCCAGAACUUCUCAGUAGUGACAAAACCCUUUUACCUGCAGGUGAAGGCAGCUACUCUGGAGGCCACAGACCCAGCAAGAUCAUGCGCUUCGUGGACAAGAUCGCCAAGUCCAAGUACUUCCAGAAAGCCACAGAGACGGAGUUCAUCAGGAAGAAGAUGGAGGAGAUGUCCAACACGCCAUUGCUGCUGACUGUGGAGGUGCAGGAGUGUCGGGGGACCCUGGCUGUCAACGUCCCACCGCCCCCUACUGACAGGAUAUGGUAUGGCUUCCGCAGCCCACCUCACCUGGAACUGAAAGCCCGGCCUAAACUCGGGGAGCGGGAGGUCACUCUGGUUCACGUAACGGAAUGGAUCGAGAAGAAACUGGAGCAGGAGUUUCAGAAAAUAUUUGUCAUGCCAAACAUGGAUGACGUGUGGCUACCCAUAAUGCACUCUGCCAUGGACACGCGUUCAAAUGCCAGCUCGAUUGCCUACUCAGACGAUGCCUUGAAGGGCCCCGAGGCGGAGGACUCUGGGGUCCCCUACAUGUGACUCUGGGGUCCCCUACAUGUGACCCUGGAACCUCCUACAUGUGACCCUGGAACCUCCUACAUGUGACCCUGGAACCUCCUACAUGUGACUCUGGGGUCCCCUACAUGUGACUCUGGGGUCCCCUACAUGUGACCCUGGGGUCCCCUACAUGUGACCCUGGAGUCCCCUACAUAUGUGACCCUGGGGUCCCCUACAUAUGUGACCCUGGGGUCCCCUACAUAUGUGACCCUGGGGUCCCCUACAUGUGAC